AGAAGAGAGAGCGUGGACGAGACGGGCGAGAAGAAGAGAAGAGAAGAACCCGCUCGACGCUCGGCAGCGGGGCGAGCGAAGGAAGGAAGGCAGACAGGAAGAAAAAAAGCGGGGAGCCGGGGCAGAUCGCCUGGCCGAGGAGUGAAGGGAGAGGGACGUUACCUGCGGAAGGUGGGCGGAAAGCAGCCAAGGCUCGGAGCCCAAAGCAGAAGGGGCGAGAAGAAAGGAAAGGAAAGGAAAGGGAAGGGAAGGGAAGGAAGGAAGGAAGGAAGGAAGGAAGGAAGGAAGGAAGGAAGGAAGGAACUGACUGACUGACUUUGGGACAACUUCGAUGUUGGUGUCCCGGAGCAGCUAUUUGGCGCCGCCGAACUCUUGCAGGCGCCAGAGCAGGUGAGCUUCGCGGAGGAACCGAGCGGGGCGAACGCUGCUACGGCAACAACAACCGCAGCAGCAACAGCAGCAGCAUGUUCGUUUCUUCCGGCUUCGACUGAGUCGGGAUGAGGACCCUCGCGUUCCUUCUGGGCAAGGCGCUAAGGAGAAGGUUUCGCCUCCUGCUGGUCUUCGGGCUGCUGGCCGUGGGGCUCUGCGCAGCCUACCUGGAGCUGGUGGUGUUGGCCGACAGGAAUGGACACCCCCUGAACCACCGAUAUGGAAGCUGGAGUGAACUGGCAAAAGCACUGGAAGACCAAAACAAACCGAGAGUUGAUCCAAGUCUGAAGUUCUAUUUGCCUGUAAAGACAAACAUUCAGAACCAAACACAACAAAAAAGCUGGAACAAUAGGACCAGUUCUACAGCCUCGGAGAACACUGCUUCCGGGAUACCCAAGUUCCAAGGUCAAGUCAAUCUUCAUGUUUUUGAAGACUGGUGUGGUGGAUCUAUUGAACAAUUGAGGAGAAAUCUUCACUUUCCUUUAUAUCCUCAUACACGGACUACUUUGAAGAAGCUAGCAGUAUCACCAAAAUGGAGAAACUAUGGAUUGCGGAUAUUUGGUUAUCUGCAUCCAUACAAAGAUGGUAUGUUUCAGUUUGCGAUUGGGGCUGAUGACAAUGCCGAGUUUUGGCUGAGCCAAGGGAAAAACUUCUCAGAGCUUCAACUGAUGGCCAGCAUAGGCAAGACUGGAAAAGAGUGGACGGCACCAGGUGAAUUUGGGAAGUUCAGGAGCCAAAAGUCAAGGCUUGUGAAAUUAUCAGCUGCAAACAAAUAUUACUUUGAAAUUCUGCACAAGCAGGAUGACAAAGGAACAGAUCAUGUGGAAGUUGCAUGGAGAUUGGAUGAUCCUGAAGCCAAAUUUACAAUGAUUGAUUCUGAAUUCCUCUCCCUUUAUGUUGACGAAACUCUUCUCAAAAUGGAUGAAGUUGGUCAUAUCCCACAGACACCAGCCACUCGGGCAAACCAGAUGCUGCCUAGUCAGGACACUGCAGAACAUCCAGCUGACAUGCUGAAGGCUGACCCCCGGGACACAAUUUAUGCAUUGCCUCUCUUAAGGAAAUCCCAUAUCCGCCGGAUCUUUCCAGAAUGUCAGUACAAACCAAGUUAUGUGGUCAAUGGAUUCAAACUACACCGCUACCAGGGCCUUAAUUUUGUACGACUGUCCUUUGUGUAUCCCAAUGACUACAGCCGGUUGACACACAUGGAGUCACUUAACAAAUGCAUCUACCAGGAAAGUGAGUUGUAUCUGGACAGGUUUGGAUUUUCUAAAUACAUGCAAAUGGAUCCACCAGAAGAUGGAUCAAAAAUACAAGCUUAUGAAGAGGACAGUUUUGAUGAACCUCAAUAUGCAGAUCCAGAAGUAGCAGAGAUAAAGACAGAAAAAGACCAUGUGGCAGCUGAUCGGUAUGACAAUGAUUUUGCCAAUUCACUUCAGAAACGUCGGAAUAUCUUGUCAGUUACCCCAAAAAAGCAGAAGAAAGAUGAGAAGAGAUAUAAAACCAAAGCAGAAAGUUAUUCUACACCAAGGACCUCCCAUCUGAUAUUCAGUGCAAACUUUCCAAAUCUUCCCGAUCAGGACAGGAACAUACAUAGAUCAACAACCAAAAGGAAAGUAGGAAGCAAGGAUUUGCAGACAGACAAAAGACUCAAGGUGACUAAGGAAUGCGGGAAUUCAACAAGAGAAGCCAGUCAAGCUCAGUUAGGCUUCAAUGCAACCAGAAACCAAAAGGCCUUAUUGGAUACCAUAAAAACUAGAAGGAAUCCCCAAAAAGUUGAAGAAACUGGCAAGAGAAGCCCUAGAGAACAGCCUAUGCAUGAGGACCAAUGGCUUAAUCAAGUAGAUUCCUACAUAGCCCGACAUAAAGCCGCAGAUGCCACUAAUGUCAUUAUUGGCAGGAGGGAUUUAGAUUCCAAACCGCAAGUCGGGACUGAUUCUUCCCACCAAGCAACCCGAAAGCAAGAGCAUGUUACAGUAGUGGAAGAAGAAAAUGAAGACGAAGAAGAAGCAGAAGAAAACGAAGAUGACAUAUUUGCUGCUCCUCCUCUUCUCUAUGACCCCGUAGUGAAUUGGAAGCAGACUUUCAAGGGCAGCAAUCUAGACUUCCAAGCUUUACGGUCAGACUGGAUUGAUUUGAAGUGUAACACUUCCGGGAACCUGCUCUUAAAAGAGAAGGAAGCCUUCACGGUGGUUCAAGUAUUCCUUAAAAAACUGAACCAGAAGACCAAAGGGCGGUUCCAGUUAGAGCGCAUCGUGAAUGUGGAGAAGCGUCAAGACUACCUAAGGGGCAGCCGUUACUUUCUGGAGCUGGAACUGUUGGAGCAGGGAAAACGGCGAGUCCGUUUCUCAGAAUAUGUCUACGCACGUGGCUGGCAUGGAGGCAGCAGCGGAGAGGAGGAAGCCAAUAUGAAGGAGUUGGCAUGGGGCCACCGACGUCACCUGAUGACCAGCAGGGAUGAGCUUGUGCUCUGCUGGCCGUUAAGCUUCUUAUGGAACCACCGUGCGGUUGUCCACUUUAUAGUGCCUGUGAAAAAUCAGGCCCGCUGGGUGAGGCAGUUCAUUUUUGACAUGGAAGAGCUAUUUAGGAUUACUAAGGACCCCUAUUUCAAUGUCAUCAUCGUAGACUACAGCAGUGAUGACAUGGAUGUAGAAAAAGCUCUGAAACUGUCCACUUUGCGUAGCUACCAAUACUUGCGAUUGGCUGGGAAUUUUGAGAGGUCUAAAGGUCUGCAGGCUGGCAUAGACAAAGUCAGGGAUUCCCACAGCAUCAUUUUUCUUUGUGAUUUGCACAUCCAUUUCCCGGCAGGGUUCGUUGACUCUGUUCGGAAGCACUGCGUGGAAGGGAAAAUGGCCUUUGCACCCAUAGUUAUGAGGCUGACGUGUGGUGCAACUCCACAACAGCCAGAUGGCUACUGGGAAGUUAAUGGUUUUGGUCUCCUGGGCAUAUAUAAAUCUGAUUUGGUUCGUAUUGGCGGAAUGAACACACAAGAGUUCCGUGACAAAUGGGGAGGAGAGGACUGGGAACUCUUGGACAGGAUAUUUCAGGCAGGCCUGGAGGUAGAGCGACUUUAUCUCAGGAAUUUCUUCCAUCACUACCAUUCCAGGAGAGGCAUGUGGAAUCGACGUGUGCUGCAAAUCUGACCCAUCUUUCUGAAUCCCAUUUUGCGUUUUGUCUGGACACAUUACUAAGAAGACACUCAUUUUCUUUUCCACGGUGAUCACAGCAUGAAUUUUGAUGCUGAAGCAAAACAAACAAACAAAAAAAGACAAAAUGGAGAGUUUUUCAUUUAACCACUGGAAAGAACUAGCAAGAGACUGAUCCUGUUUUCCACAAUCUUCCGUCCAAAAUAGUUGAUUUUCAGAGUGUGAAAAACGUUCUUACCAGCAUAUCACAGUCUUCGCUCACUGAAGAGUCUCUUUAUCGUGCCUUUUUUGUAUGGAUUUUUUUUAAAAAAAAACCAGAGUGCUUUUAAUUCAUUCAUAGCAAAACUUUUUAAAAAGCAAUGGUGUUGAAAAAUAAAUGAAUUAACACAGGCUUCCAUGAGGUCUAAAAUCCUGAAGGAAAAUCUCCAAUAUUUGAAGGACAAAUUUUCUAUCACCAAAAAGUAAAAUAAUAGUGUGAAUGACUACAAAUAGAAAGGUGCCAGAACUGAAAUGCCUUACAUAGUGUGUUACAAGAGGAUUAUACCCUCUUUUUAAAGACAAUGGUCUCUUUUGUUGAGAUAAUUUUACAACCAAAAAAAACACAACUAAAAUUCAUGCCUUUGGACUAAAGUCAAUCAAUUUUUUGAUUCUGCAUAGUGCUGUUCAACCAAUGCAAGAUAUAUUAAGGAAUUUCUCUUCAUACUUUCUUUUUUAUAUAUUCUUAUAUUCUACUCAGGACUACGAAAGAUAUAUCAGCUUUAGAAAAAUGGAUAUAUUUUUUCUUCUCUGCCCAGCGACUGUUUCUUUGUCUCUAUCAACAGGUUAUUUGGUGGACUGAUAGUCAAACUGCAUCUGAAAUCUUGCUGGGAUCUGAAUUAUUUUUGGCAGACGCAUGGGUCCAUCGUGAUAAUCAUAGGAGUGAUACUGCAGAUAGGAAUAUGACCCUGAAACUGCCUGCUCUUCCUUGAAUUCCCUCUGUUAACACUUGGGAGAUUGACUGACUGAUUGAUUGACAGUCCCAGACAUCGGUACUAAGAAUCAAGAUCCAUAGUCUUCAACGGCUUUAAUAUACUUUAUUUUUUUUAAUUUAUUGUGCAUUCUUAACUAUUUUUAGUUGGUUUCAGUUUUUUUAUUUUAAUGUAUUAUAAAGCAUUCUAAGAGAUUUUUUUGAAGGGUAAGCUAUUAUCGUUCGUAAAAUUAUUUAAUAAGUUAUACUUUGGGAUUGAGUUUUCAAAUAGAAAAGUGGUUUGCAUCCAUGUAAGAAAAGGAAGCCGAUCAGUCGAUUUCCUGAUGGCAACUUUUAUAUGAGGCCGAAUGUGGAUUCCCUAUUUGGAAAGUUUAUGAUCACCUUAGAUCAGUGUUUUUCAACCUUAGCGACUUUAAGAGGUGUGGCCUUCAACUCCCAGAAUUCCCCAAGCAGCAUAAUUAGUUGAAGCCCACACUUCUUAAAGUUCUCAAGAGUGAGAAACACUGCCUUAGAUUAAGCACAGAACGUCCUAACUGAGGAGUGUAUGCAUGUGUGUGCAUAUGUAUAUCAAUGUGUAUAUGCACAUACAUAAAUCAAGCAAUGACAAUUAAUUUCAUAGAGUCCCACAAAUGGCCGUCUUAACUUUACAGCAAUGAUCACAGUAACAGAAACAAGCAGCUUGAUUCAACAGAGCCUUUUAUAAAGGAAACAGAAUCUAUCCUGUUUAAUGAAAGUAUGAAUGUGAAUAGAAACUAUGUCACUGUUUUUCAACCUUGGCAGCUUGAAGAUGAGGUGGAUUUCAACUCCCAGAA